CGAGAUUAGUAUUUCCCGCUGCCUGAAAGUUCGAGGUUGGGGGUAGCUUGAAUGCCUCUUUGGUAUUUGAUCACGAGCGACCUCGUGUGCCGCCCUCAUUUUCUCUUACAUUGCAAUAGUAUCAUUUGUAUUAAAAGACCAACCAAAGUGUCCGCCCUUUGGGGGGUGUAAAUACGGGACAUGGUAGCAGCUACCAUGGUUGCCUACCUACGACACUCUCCUGACUCCCACUCUUCUCUACGUUUCUGCACAACGUCCGGAAAUGGACUUCAGGCUGGCUUCAACUUUCAUUCGGGAAUUUUGUCCGUGACGGAUUCGGCGCGUUUUGACCGCAUCGAUGUCGUGGGCCACUUACCUGGUGAACUCAGGAAUCCGAGGAACACCACGCCGGCUUGUCUUGGGUUGCCUCUGACCUUUUACAUAGGCUUGGACGUUCUCCUUUGUUUACUGCCAUCCUCUCUCGAUGAUGCAUUCGGCCAUGACAUCGCCCGGCGGUUGCUUAUAACCCAAUCCUGCCCAUGAAGACCAUCUACCACUCUAAUAUCAUCACCAAGAUGAAGCUCUUCUCUCUCCUCGGCGCCUUCAUGGCCUCCUCCCUCGUUGCCGCCGGCCGCCCAGAGCCAGAAACCACCACCACCCGUAUCAAGCCUACUUACACCCGGCCUUACACCGAGACGACCACCACCCACACCUGGAACAGGCCCACCAAGACUGAGACCGAAUACAAGACCAGGAUUUAUGUCAAGCCAUCUGUCUACACCGAGACCGAGACGGAGUAUCAUACCAAACAUCACCACAAGACGGUCGUUUCUGUUCAGUCUGUUCAGUCAGUCUACGCUCCGCAUACCAAGCCUCAUCACACGGAUACGGUGACGAUUAUUGGGUCCAAGACCUAUCCUGUUUACGUGCCUACUGAGACACCUGCUGUUACUGCUGGAGCGGCUGGGAAGCAGGCGGCGGGAGCUAUGGUUGUUUUGGGUGGUGUUGCUGCUUUUUUGCUUUAA